AUGACGGAGAACGUGGACGAGGUUUUACAAAAACUUGGCAUACGAAAGAUCCCCCAUCCUACCAAAGACGAGGUCCGAAACGCCUACCACCGCGUUGAUACAACAGAACUCAAGGACCAGUGGGAGUCCUAUAUCACUGGUCAGCAAUGUUGGCACCCGUGGGAAACGUACAGCCCUCCAGAUCUCGAGAUUAUCCGUUCCUCAGAUGUCCGUGUAUACCACAGAAACAGUGUGCCCUGUCAGUGCGGUCACGACUUGACCGUAGAGAGACUGUCCGUGUACUUCUCCAUCUUCGACGCCGGCAACUACGCAGGUUACGACUGUACGGAGCAUUGCUAUGCGUUUCGAGGGCAGCGAAGACUUCUGGACGACUUUUUAGACAGAGCAGAAGUGCUAUUUGAGAAGAAAGACGUCAAGUCAGCGCUUGUGGGACCGGUUGGUGUCUCGAUUCCGUUUUCAGGGUUUCCCUCGGGGUGGAAAUUCGAAGAGUUUGCCAUGCACGCUGAGACAAUCAUGUGCCUGUUGUUCCUAGCAUCGAAUGGCAAAGAUCCCCUCAACUUUGAGGAUUUGGCCAUCGUGGCAGAAAAAGAGCCGGAUAGUGAUGCGGACUUGGAGAUUUUGCGCAGGGAAUCCAACUUCCGGAAUGGCGCGCAGCCCGCUGUGGCGGCUGAAUCGGCUCAAGUCUUAGAUAACGUCUCAGAUAUCAUGGUUGAGCCAGGUCGAUACCCCCGUCGACGACGAACCGCAGUUUUUUACGGUUGA